CUCACUCCUCUUGUGGUGGACUUUGCAAAGGUCUACAAAAAUGUGUAUCCCGAUAGGAAGCAGUACGUUCUUGCUCUUUUUAUUGGCCUGGUGAGUAACCGGUCAAACGCUAUUAAUACCAUCUUGACUCUAAAUUAGUGUGUUGAGACCACCUAGGAAAGAGUUAGGUUGAUGAAACAAGUACAGUGGAAUCCCGCUCUCCUAAAACUUCGUUUGAGCCCCCUGAUCAAAAGAUUUUUCCACAUUAGCAUUGUCAUUAUCACCGUCAUCAUCAUCAUCAUCAUCAUCAUCAUCAUCAUCAUUACCAUCAUCAUUAUCUUAAUAGUUCAUAGUUCUUGUUUGCCCCGCCAUUACUUUUCGGAUGGCUUGAUGGAUGAACGGGAUACAACUUUACACUAAUGAUCACCAAAGGUCGGGAUUGUCUAAAGCUUCGAUGGUUUAAGAUUUUCUCAUAGCUGCAGUAAUUUAUAAUUUUAUUGUUACCGGCUCCAGAAACAGAAUUUACGAAGUCACCUUAAGUAAGGAUAUAGCUGUUAAAGAGAUUUCCUCAUAUAAAAAUAAGUCAUUGUUUACAAUACAGUAGAGGUCAUAAAAACCUCAUCUUUACAGAUAUCAUCAGAACGUUUCUGUUUCCAGCAACUCAUCAGCGUUAUUGCAGUUCCAGAUGGGUUGAGCUAAUGUGAAGUUCGAAAAAAGGACUUUGAGAUAUCCCGAGUUAUUUUUAUAGCAUUAAAUUGUUGAGGUUUCACAGAUGAAGUUAAUGUUUUGCAAUUUAAAUCUAUUUCUCGUUUUUCAACAGGGUUUGGGCUACAUCUCCUGGAUAAUAUUCAUCGUGGAUAUUACUUUUCUGUACAAGUUGUACCGUCAACAACGAAUGCAAGAAUUGCCGCUUCAACAGGUGCCAGCAGGCCAAACAGUCGUCCAACCUGGUGUGGUCAUAAUGCCCCAACAGGCACAGGGAGGGCAACAGACAGCCUUUCAACCGUCUGUUCAUCCGGGCCAACAUGUAGUUCAAUAUCCGGAACAACGUCCCCCACCUUUUUACACCCCACACCCUUAA